AUGAGAGUUGGCACCAUGGCUGCGGCACCAGCUCAGCUCCUGCCACGAAGGCAACGAGAUGCUCCAUGGCUGAGAGACUCAAAUGCUGAAACCACCAUGGACGUCUCCGCAGACCACACCGUCGACCGAGAUACACCCUCAUUCUCAUCCUUUUCCAGUCAUGCCCGCUCUGGAGCAGCAACAGCCCGCACCUACUACGACUCCCACGACGCGGACACCUUCUACCGCACCAUCUGGGGCAGCUCCACCAUCAAAAUCGGCCUCUACGACUCCCCCAACGAUCCCAUCCACGCGGUGUUCACCCGCACAAUCGAACGCAUGGCUGCCCUCCUUGCGCCCAUAACCAGCGCAACGCGCAUACUCGACCUGGGCUCCGGCUACGGCGGCGCCGCGCGCUACCUUGCCCGGACGUACGGGUGCAAGGUGUGCUGGUGA